AUGGCAGGAACAAGUUCUGAACAACCAGCAGCCGGCUCAGAGACAUGGACAGUAGAGAAAGUUCUCAGCGGUAAUAAGCUGGUUCAAUCAUCAAACUCACACAUUUCGUUUUUCCAUCUUCUUGGGGGUCUAAAGGCAACCAAGCGCGAGGGCUGGAAGAGACAUGGAAUUGACCCCGAGUCAGUCGCCGACCACUCUUAUCGGAUGGGUAUGAUAGCAAUGUUCGCUCCUCAAGGUCUCAACCAGGUCAAGUGCAUGAAAAUGUGUCUUGUUCACGACAUCGCCGAAUCUGUUGUGGGUGACAUAACCCCGUUUAGUGGAGUGUCGAGGGAUGAGAAGGGCAGAAGAGAGGCUGCAACUAUCGAGUACAUAGCCAACCGCUGGUCUGGACCGUACACUGCUGAGAUAAAGGAGCUUUGGGACGAGUUCGAGGCCGCAGAGAGCCCAGAAGCUCAGUUUUCUCAAGACAUAGACAAGAUCGAGCUUCUGUUGCAGGCAGUGGAGUACGAAAGGAACAGCGAGAACAAAAAGGACCUGGGCGAGUUCAUGGGGGUCGCACGUAAGCUACGAUCUGAAGCCGGUAAGGCAUGGGCGGAUGAGAUCCUGGCUGAUAGAGAGAAAUUCUGGGAGGGGACGCAGCAUCUAAGGGGAGAACAUGCUGAGAAGGGAGGUCUCACAGAGGAGAUGACAAAGGCACACGAUGCAUACUAUGGAUAA